AUGCCCGAAUUCCUGUCGUCAAAAUGUGUUCUAUACACCUAUGAUCCAUAUUAUCAAGAAGGCCCUGUUCCAUUGUCUUGUUUCGAGAGAGCAGAUGCUCCAAUCAAUAUGACUGGAAGUCCUACUGCACAGUCCGUGGACGUGUCCGAGGGCCUCACCCUGCUACUCGUGUCAUUCAUGUCCAUAGCUAUAUACAAUGGCCUCGAACUCUUUUUUUGGAUCUUCGAUUUCUUCAAGCGUCGCCAUGGCUGCUACUUCUGGAGCAUGGUUAUCAGCGCCUUCGGCAUCAUUAAUUUUGCCCUCGCCCAGGUGCUCAUUUUCUUCAACCUCGCUCCCAAAAUCGUAUGGGCCCCUUCCAUCUCCAUCAGCUAUCUCACCAUGUCCACUGCCCUCAUCAUGGUUCUCUACUCCCGGCUCCAUCUCGUCACCAGCGACCGUAUCGCCCGCUGGGCCCUCUACAUGAUCAUUGUCACCACACUAGUCUUCCCAGUCCCCAUGCAGAUCCUCUUCCUCGUCGGCAUCUUCAAACAAAGCAUGCGCGUUCUAGAUAUCAGCCUCAUCUACGAACGCCUCGUCGUCACCGUCUCCUGCGCCCGGGAAUACCUUAUCCUGGCCAUCUACAACUUCGAAGCCUUCCGGAACCUCAAAUACGUCAUCGCCAUCAAGGGCCCACAGGGCCGAAAGGUCCGCCGGAUCCUCAUCGCAACAACCUUCAUCAUCGUCUGUCUCGACACGGCCCUCCUCGUCACGGAGUUCCAAGACCGCCGCGCCAUCACAAUGACCUACAGCGCCUUCUCCGUCAGCAUCAAGCUGAAGAUGGAAUUCGCCAUCCUCAACAAACUCAUCAAUCUCGUUCAGAGUCCCGCCAACCCGACCGGCCCCCUUUCUGACCCCCCGUCUUCAGAUCAACAUCCUAUCCAUCCACACCCCCAGGCCGCCCAGUCUCAGUCCCCCUCCCGUGUCCAUUCCCUUGCUCAUUCAUGGAAUCCCUUCCGGUGCGGCGACGCGAAGACCUCUAACUCGCGGGUCGAAAAUAGUCUGUUCGCUGAGGAAUCAGGCCUCGGUGGUGGCACCGGAUUGACGCGACCAGCUACCCUCGACGAGUACCACGCGUCUGGGAACGCGCGCACGUCAUCGUGGGACGAGUUGGUUCAACAACCCAGCAUGGAAAUUUCGUCUGGGCCGGGUGGUAAGGGGACGGCGGUGGUUAGUCAGGAGAGUAAGGAGCCAUUGAGACCGGUUAGUGAAUGA